UGUUGCAGCAUAUACCUAGAGAGUUUAGCAGGAAGUAUUUCAUGGAUCAUGGUGAUGUAGUUCUCCGUGAUUCUGAUGGCAAAACUUGGUCCGCUGAGUACCGCACUAUCCUAGGAUGUAACGAACGACCCUAUGUUAAACUCUGCAAUGGUUGGGGCGCUUUUGUGCGCGACAACAACAUACAAGUUGGUGAUGUUUGUAUAUUUGAGUUAAUUGACUGCAUUGACAUCUCAUUCCAAGUAUUCAUUUGUGGCGGUAAUCAUCGAUCGGUUGCGAAAUUGGAUGAUGGAAUCUCAUCUACUCAUCAGAAAUGCCUGGGGCCAUUGAAGGCCCAUGAAGCUUUGGAAUUGCCAUCAGAAGUAUCUCCUGAAUUCGAUGAUAAUCAGCUUGGAACAUCAAGGCCUCAAACCGGAGAGGAUGAUUUUAGAAGUGAGAAAAAAGAAUGCAAUGCAUACCCAGAAUCAAGUACAUUGCUAUUCUCAAUGAAUAAAACAAUGUUUGAGAAAGGGGAGCCUACUGAGAUCAGCCUUGAUGUCUUCUCUUCAAGGUGUGAGCAUCCUCUUGCUGGUAGUAAGCCACCGGUUAUCCCUCUGUCCUCCUUGCCUCCAUCUUCCAGUCCCAGCCGCUUCUCAAGGUUGCAAAAUACUACUUCAGCGACUUAUUCAGAGGCGGCUUUGGCAAAAAAGGAUGAGCUUUUGGAGAAUGUGGAACUGAAGGUUAGCAAAUCAGAGGUGUAUACUGAAGAGCACGAGAAGCUUUUGGGUGACACACAGAGGAGCUGGACACAUUUUGUGGAUGGAUAUGGAAGUGAUGGAAGACAGAUUUAUGAUGUCUUCGAAGGAAAGAAUUGUCAUCAAUGCCGGCAGAGAAUGCUUGGUCAUUGUACUCGCUGUAGCAAAUGCUAUAUGGGCCGAAGGCAAUUCUGUGGAGAUUGUUUAUACAUGAGGUAUGGGGAGCAUAUUCUUGAAGCCAAUGAGAAUCCGAAUUGGGUUUGCCCUGUGUGUCGUGGAAUUUGCAACUGUAGUAUGUGCCGGAAAGCAAAAGGAUGGGCUCCUACUGGCUCUCUUUAUAAGAAGGUAAAGAAAAUGGGGUUCAAGUCGGUUGCACACUAUCUAAUUCAAACCCAGCGUGCGCAAACCAAUAUGGAAAAGGUUCCAGAUGAUACCGAUCAAGUUUCUCCUAAGAGAUCACUCUCUUGCCUAGCUCAAGAAUUGCCAUCAGAAGAAUCACCCGAGGUCGAUGAUAAUCAGCUUGUAACAUCGAAGCCCCAUACUGGGGAGGAUGGCUUCAACAGUGAGAACAAGGAAUACAAUGCAUACCCAGAAUCAAGUACAUUGCUAUUGUCGAAGAAUGAAACAGUGUUUGAGAAAGUGGAGCCUACUGAGACCAACCUUGAUGUUCACGAGCAACCAGGAUUUCCGGAGCUGAAUUCUGGGGGCAAGAUAGAUGUUGGAAAGGAAUUGGAUUUCAGCAACACAGAACCUGGUGGUAGUCCUGUGACAUUGGAAAGCAUACCUGAAAAAGAUAAAAGCCAUGAAUGAGAUUUUGGCAUGGGUUA